AGAAAGAAUGUCGUCGUAGAUAUCUGCCGAUGGUCAGAUGACUGAAAAAAAAACUAUUUAAAACUCUAAUGAGCAACCUGAUACAGGUUCAUACACUUGCCUGACACCUCUUAGUGAAGGAUUAAUACGUAAAACUUCCUCAGUUAUUCCAGUUUGUCAAAAGAACAACGGAACAAUUUUAAAGCCCUGAACAUUAUGGUAGAAAAAUCAAUAAGAAUUGCACUUUGCUUGUUAUGUUUUAUCCUGUGCCAUUCAUUCAGUGCCUUAGCCUCUACACCCGACGAGAACGCGCAACUGAAAGAUGAUGCCAACUCCGAGGACAGCUUCUCAAUGGAUCCAGUGCUACUUCAUGACCGAAUCAAGUACAACAUGCGAAAGUCUUUGGAUCUUGAAGACGACGGCUGUUACCUCCAACCUGGGAAAAAGGAAAGCAUUGAGGAAUGUGGCUUCAAUGCCACAGUCAAGACCAUUCUGAUCAUCCACGGCUGGACGAUGAGUGGGAUGUUUGAGAGCUGGAUGCACAAGCUGGUGGCUGCUGUUCAGAGACGAGAGUCAAAGGCUAAUGUGGUGGUGGUCGACUGGCUGGGCCUGGCCCACCAGCUUUACCCUGAUGCUGUCAACCAUACCCGCCGGGUUGGGCAGAGCAUUGCAACCCUUUUGGACUGGCUCCAGGAAGAAGAACAGCUGCAACUUGAGGACGUGCAUAUGAUUGGAUACAGUCUUGGUGCUCAUGUUGCUGGAUAUGCUGGAACUUUUGUAAAAGGAAUUGGACGUAUAACAGGUUUAGACCCAGCUGGCCCCAUGUUUGAGGGGGCAGAUUCCCAUAAGAGGCUUUCUCCAGAUGAUGCUGACUUUGUCGAUGUCCUGCACACAUACACACGGGGAGCUUUGGGCAUCAGUAUUGGGAUCCAGGAGCCUAUUGGGCACAUUGAUAUUUAUCCCAAUGGUGGGGAUGUACAGCCAGGCUGUUCCUUAGGAGAUGUGCUGUCCACUGCUGCUGCAGGAAGUGAGUGCUUCAAUUUUGUUAUUGUUUUAGCAAUUUCCAACUCUUCCAUUUUACCAAAUCUGUCAUGUCACCACACAGACUUUGUGGAAGUCAUGAAGUGUGAACAUGAGCGGGCAGUGCAUCUCUUUGUGGACUCCCUCAUGAACAAGGACCACGUGAGCUAUGCGUUUCAAUGUACCGGCCCUGAUCGUUUCAAGAAGGGCAUUUGCCUGAGCUGCAGGAAGAACCGCUGCAACAGCAUCGGUUACAACGCCAAGAAAAUGCGCAAGAGGAGAAACAGCAAAAUGUACCUGAAGACUCGCGCAGACACACCUUUUGGCGGUUACCACUAUCAGAUGAAGAUGCAUGUGUUCGACAGGAAGAGCGCAGAUGAUGCAGAUCCUACUUUCUACGUCAAACUAUACGGGUCCCAUAAUGACACCAGUAACCUCAGUGUAGACAUUACGGAUGGAGUUGGUCUAAACCUCACAAACACAUUUCUCGUCUUCACUGAAGAGGACAUUGGUAAUCUGCUGAAGAUUUCUCUUCGCUGGGAAGGCCCUUCUGAUUCCUGGUCAUCUGUGUUGAAACACCUCAGGUCAUCGUUCUGGUCAUGGUCAAGUUCACAAAACGAAAAAGUUCUGGAGGUUCGAAGGAUCAGAGUCAAAGCAGGAGAAUCGCAGAAGAAGUUCACCUUCUGUGCUGAAAAGACUGAGAUAUCGCCUGGGCAAGAAAUUACAUUUCUUAAGUGCCGCGAUGGCUGGGAGGUGAAACCUAGAAAACGAUUGCACUACUGAGAAGAAGCGCUGUUACCUAGGGACCCAAGGUGGUGAAGGGCCUGAGCACUUUUGUUUGUUUUGGUACACAUUUGGUGGGAUAAUGCACCAUAUUUGUUUGGGUGGGUAGAACACAACUUGUGCUGCUCAAAUGGCCAGCUCAGAAGGGUGAUGGCUGGUUACUGGACUUGCUCAGGGCAUUUUUUUUUUUUUUUUCUACAGUUGGGAUGUUCUGAAUUGUUUGAGAUUGUUUUGAUACUAUUUGUAUGUUUUCUACUGUUGCGCCCAGUUGUCUGUUUUGUGGAUCUCAGACUUUUCCUUAACAACGCAAUACUCGUUAUGUAUAUUUUUGUACGUUUUUAAUUUAUGAAGGAAAAAAGCACUGUAAAACCAAGCUUAUUUAUCAACAUAAUGCACACCUUGUACCAAGGCAUAAAUUAAUUCUCUCCCGUUACCUGGUGACCACUUUUACGCGUGUAUGUGUCUGUGGAUUUCAUCAGGAAGGAUUUUAUGUGUAUUCACAGUAUUAUUUAAGGUCAGAAGAAUGGAGAGGACUGCUUGAUUUGUCUUCAUAAGGCACAAAAUGUGCAACAUUGUUCUGUAAAUGUUUUAUGUAUAUAAUGUGAAUAUAAAACGUAAUAAAAUUACUUUGAA